AUGGUGGAAUUACUUGAAGAAUAUGGAAUUGUUAUAUUAAGAAUGAGAGAGCAGCUGUUUCUCCCAAGGCGUUUGCAGGUUCCUUUGUUUUUACAAAGCCUUCGUUCCCCUGCUUCCUCUGCAGUUCAAGAUUCUUCGUCUUUCAUUUUAAAAGAUGCUUGGAAUGAGUUAGAUCUUCUCGCACCUGAACCUGUUUGUGACUGUGAAGUAUCAAAGGAAUAUACAGAUCACUUGUGUCAUCCACGACUACUACAGUUUCUCAUGGGUUUGAACGAGAGCUUUAGUCAUGUUAGGAGUGAUAUCUUACUUAGAACUCCCAUAUUGAUAGUGAAUCAAGCUUAUGCAGUUGUUAUUCAAGAGGAAAGUCAGAGAAAUUUCGGAGUGACUGAUUCUCACAAAGAAUCUGUUAGCUUGAUGGUGAGAAGAGGAAAAGGUCCUAGAGCUGUUCCGAAGAGGUUUGGAUAUUGUGAUCAUUGUGGUUGCAAAGGACAUGUGAAAGAGCUGUAG